AUGGACGAAACUACGCGACUGGAGUUGAAAAGCCUCAUCUCAGCGACUGGGUCACGGGUAUCUGAAAAUGCUUCCAACCUACCCUCUGCUGGUAUUGGAGGGUCACUUCGGCAAUCUUCGCCGUCUUGGUUCAGGAGAGUGGGCUUAGCUGUGCCACUUCUUCUCAUCCCUAUCGCAUAUGCAGGGCUUCAGCAAAAUCCCAUUUUUACAAAAACACAAUCAACAUACUACCUUGGCAGCAACAGAAGUCAGAUUUACCAGUACUACCGUGCUGGAGCGAGUGUGUUCUUCGGAGCAUCGGCUGGGGCAUCCCUUAUUUCAGAUAUGAGAACCGUUCUUUCUACCUCGUUUUCGACACAGGAUAUCCUAGUUUCCCAUGCCAACACGAGUAGUCCACACUACAACGAGACCAUUAUUGACCUCGGGGGCAAGUGGGAAGCAUCUCGCAGUGGGUGCAGAGAUCUAUGGCGAAAUGUUCGAAUUCCCUUUCUGGAACUCCUACCAGGAUACGAUAGCGACAACCCGGAUACUUGGGUAUCUGUCCCUGAGGAUGAAAUCGUCCCUUACGCUUCACUAAUUGGACUUCCGAUCAGAGACCCUUUCGUGUGGGAAAGCCUUCAAUGGGAGCGAAUGGCACCGAACAUGGGAUACCCAAAUAUCUGGUUCGACUUCCCGAACAGUUCAACGCUCACAGAACAUUUCACAGCAAUGUUUGAUACGGAACCACAGUCAAAAUUGCAGCUUGUAAUGGGAGGCAUAUGUACUGAUGCUGCAUACCAAACUACACAGAUGCUCAGACUUUGCGAUAUCAGCACUUCGUAUAUCGACAUGGAAGUUGGGUGCACUAGAGCAACAGUUGAUGCUGACCUCGUAUGUCAAUCCAAACGGGCUAGGCAUACGCCAUCAUACCCUGUCAAAGGCAACUUGACAGCACUUUCAAGCUUGAGGUUAUCUCAGGGAAUUCUGCGAGAGCUGCCAUUCACAGGUGCCAGCCAUCAUGUUGAGGAACCCAGCACCCUCGAGAUGUAUCUUAGGGACCCAUUGGGAGUCUUCCAGCGUAUUCGUGGAGGAUACAUGGAUGAUCCGAAGACUACAACCAAACUGGGAUGCUUUACCUCUCUUCUACCAGUGAUUCUUGAGCAGAGACUCGCAACCGUUCUCAACACAAUCACUAUGUCAACGUACGAGGUGAAUGUGUUGACUGGCGGCAAGGGACUGUCUCUUGAUGGAGGACCAGUGCUCUGGCAGAAUACUACAGCAACAUGGACGGAAUUCGACAAGGAUACAUACAAGUUGAAUAAGCCGUGGUUUGUUACGACCAUUAUUUAG